CGCUGUGCUUCCUGCUCUAUAUAAACUCUGUUCCCUCUUCGCAGACAGACUGCUGAUAUAUUUUUCCUAGAGACUACACUGCGUGAUGGAUAUUUAUUUCCCUGCUGGCUUUAAAAUGUGCAGAGGAAUAGCACAGCUGUCAAACACAUGUCUGGAAAGGGCGAAAAGAAUAAAGGCAUGCGUAGGUGGAUUUCUGCAGAGAAAAGACUGGAACAUCCUAUGCUAUUCCAUCAAAUACAGAAAACCAAGGUUGACCUUGGAGGAAUGUUUGAUGUGGAAGGAAUCUUUGGAGAAGCUCCUGUCAAACAAACAUGGACUAUAUGCUUUCAGAGCGUUCCUCAUAUCCGAAUUUAGCGAAGAGAACAUAGCGUUCUACCUGGCAUGCGAGGACUUCAAAAACACAAAGUCCGCAGCCAAGUUGCCAUCUAAAGCCACGCGGAUAUACGAGGAGUUUAUCGGAGAUGAAGCUCCUAGAGAGGUUAACAUCGACUAUGAGACUCGAGACAUCACUCAGGCCAACGUGAAGAGCCCGACAACGUCCUGCUUCGAUAUGGCUCAGCACCGCAUCUACAUUCUAAUGGAAAAGGAUUGCUACCCACGAUUCCUCCGAUCUGCCGCCUACCGCAGCCUACUCAACCAACUCGCCAAAAAGGCCUCUGCAACUCGACCGAAAUGAAAUCAAAGUACUGUAGGUUUAAAAGAAAAUGUUCUCCAGAAGAUGGACGUUCUGAGAUAGGACCAGUGUGGAUCCUAAAAAGCCUGUGAGAAAGCCUGUCUGCGAGAGUCGAAGUGCUGAAGAUGAUAAGAUGGAGCUGGACAGAUGUCACUUAAGAGCCGCAUAACGGUAUUACUGUACUUCGAGACCCCCAUAUUGUAGUCGAAAAGAGGGAGUGACAGGAACUACCUGUGGUGCAUCUACUGUAAACGUGCAUUUGCACACAUCUGUACUAAGCACAAAGGAGAUGGGAUAUUACUAAAGCAUGCAUGGGCCAAUGAGCACAUAGCAUACUUGUAAAACAGCAACCUAUUGAAAUAUGUCAGUAAAUGAAUGGAAAAAAAAUUGUUUUUUGCAUUAAUUUAUUUAAUUUAUUUCUUUUUGUAAUAAACAUCAGAUGGAAAUGCCAUGGUACUGUAUAAUUAUUAAAAUAUCACGUCAUUUUCAUUUCUUUUUUAUUAUACUGUACAAAAUAAUGGUAUAACUUUGGUACCUACGGUCAAAUCUGUUCUGCUGUAAGCCACGAUUUUAGAAUGUUUAAAGUUGAUGUGUACUGUAAUGUUUAUUUUAAAUUAUUGUUAAAGUGAAUAACACUUUUUUUUAUUAAACUAAUAAACCUUUACAUCUUG